CGAACCCAACGCCGGAGGGCAAAGUGUGUUUGGCUUUGUGAUGCGACCGCAGAAGACCUCCAGCGGUGUCCCAGAGGGGAAAUGGAACUUGUGAGCAGGUCUGGCUGCUCAGCGCCAAAAGAGCUGUGCGAUGGCUGAAAUGUUACAAUUCCAUAUCUUUUCCUCGUCUUUGCCUGCCCGCCGGGCAGCAGCGCAGCUUUGGCUUUCCCCAGGCGCUCCGCAGAGGUCCCGAGGCGUUCCCGGUCCGGCCCAAAGAAUAUAUUAGCGCCCGGUCUGGCAGCGGCUGGACUCUGAGCCCCUCCCGGAUGGUUCUCUAAGGGAGGAAACGCAUCUCGUUCUUUCGGUCACGACCGUCGGUGAGGGGAGGAACGGAGAUCGACCGAUAAAUCGAGAGCUUUGCCUUCGUCGCCACGAGGGACGGCGCGCCGAUCCGCCUGUCGAUGAAGCCAUCGGACCCGCAUCGUAGAGACCGUGGUACUGAGGCCACCGAAGCGGGCGCCCUCAACACCGAGAAAUUCUGUCCGUGAAGGUAGCGAACAGAAUUGGUGACCAGAAACCGAUCCGGCUCCCCGUCGGCAACGGCGACCGAACUCUGACACCGGUGUACCGGGACCGAACGGUGCCGAUCGAGGGGGUCUGGUCCCCCGGGCUCCUGGAGCACCCCGUGCUCGGAACCGGACCCCGCUGAGGGUGAGGAGUUGGUCCGCCGCUCUACACUCGGAAAGGACCGCCGCCGCCGCCGCCGCCCCGGUCUGCCAUUCCAGAGGCGCUGCCCCCGAUGUCCACCCGAUUUUGGCCCCACGAUAUCCUGAGCCUUCAGGAGCUCCGCGGAGUCGAGGAGCUUCUUAAGCGCCCCGGUGUCCCCGAGCCCAGAGAUAGGAGAGGCCGCUCGGGAAUUGAGUAUUGGCCGAGUCCGGCUCGCUGUACGCGGCAGCCAGAAUUCCCUGGAGGUCGUUCGCCCCUUAGCUGCAUUCUUCUUCGGCUUCGCCUGACGGGGAGAUUGUUUUGGAAUCGGAGGCGCCAAAGGAGCGUACUGGGCCGCGGGGCAGAGCGGCCCCGGUAGCGUGCCGCUCGGAAACCAAAGCCCUCGUGUUCCCCCCCCCUAGCUCGCGAGUCGCUCGACGCUUUUGCGGCAUGACUGACCAGCAACGCUUCUGUCGAUUGCAGGUGGCCUGGGCCAGCUCGGGGUGGGGCUCGCCAAACUCUUACGGCCCGUUCAUCUACUCGGACGUUUUGGACUACAAGAACCUGCGCGAGAUCGUGGUGAACAACCGCAUCACUUGGCUGGUGCACUACAGCGCGCUGCUCAGCGCCGUCGGCGAGGCCAACGUGGCCCUGGCCCGAUCGGUCAACAUCACCGGCCUUCACAACAUCCUGGACAUCGCCGCCGAGCACGGUUUGCGUCUGUUCGUGCCCAGCACCAUCGGCGCCUUCGGGCCCACGUCCCCGCGCGACCCCGCCCCCGAUCUGUGCGUGCAGAGGCCCCGCACCAUCUACGGCGUCUCCAAAGUCCACGCUGAGCUCAUGGGUGAAUACUACCACCACCGCUACGGCCUGGACUUCCGCUGUCUCCGCUACCCGGGAAUCAUUUCGGCCGACUCCACGCCCGGCGGCGGCACGACAGACUACGCCGUCCAGAUCUUCCACGACGCCAUCAAGACGGGCAAGUUCGAGUGCUUCCUGCGGCCCGACACGCGGCUGCCCAUGAUGUACAUCGACGACUGCCUGCGCGCCACGCUCGAGGUGCUGGAGGCGCCCGCCGACACUCUGGCCAUGCGCACGUACAACAUCAACGCCGUGAGCUUCACGCCCGACGAGCUGGCGCGGGAGCUGCGCAAGCACGUGCCCGAGCUGGAGGUGUCGUACAACGUGGACCCCGUCCGGCAGGCCAUCGCCGACUCCUGGCCCAUGAACUUCGACGACUCCAACGCCAAGCGCGACUGGGCCUGGAAGCACGACUACGACCUGCCCGAGCUGGUGACGACCAUGCUCAACUUCCUCAGCGGCGACGCGCGCAUGGCCAGCGCCAACUGACGCCAGGGCGGGCGGGCGGGCGAAGCUAAGCUAAGCUAAGCUAAGCUAAGCUUUUUGUACAUAGUGUAUAGAUGGAGCGGAGGCGGGCCACGUACACAGGCGUUCUCUCCCGGGCGCCCGCCCGGCGAAUUCCGCCGGCUCGAGCGGGCGGACGGCGACGGGCCGCGUUUGAGCGCAGGUGACGGAUUGUUUCAAAGCGAAGCAGUUGUUUCGCUGCAUCGCCAAGGGAAGCCAAACUAGGGUUGCGAAAUUCCGGGAAUCUUCAAAGUUUCCAUGGCAGUAAAGCAAAGAAAUUGAAACCUAGUUGGGGGCAAACAUUUUUUGCGUCAUCGUACCUCAAACGACUGCUUAAGCAGAGUUCAUACAAAUACUGUCGUACUUUGCCUUGCAGGUUUUUCCAGUUACUAGCUUUGUGUCGCGAGCCAAAAUUUGCCGCGUACUCUCAGUUGGGCACCCGCGGGUUCGCCGAUUCGCAGGUUUUUAUUUAUUAGUUUUUUUCCGGGAGGAACCGACUCCGAAAAUGCUUGUUGGUAGUUUAACCCUGCUUUUUAGGUGAAUAUGAAUUCAAUAAUAAAAGAAUAAAUCUAUCAAGCGCAAUGAUAAUUUGCGUCAACUAUCCGAGGAUUUUUGCUAUUAUCCCCGCGAGUAGCGGGCGUCCACUGUACGAACAGGCGUCGGAUGCCAAGUGAUUGUGAUUCCCUGGCACGUGGGCAAGGAGAGCCACCUGUGCUUGAAUAUGACAGCGUUCCCUUCCCGUGGAAAGUCGAACCCCAGUCGAACUUCCCAAUGCCACUUAACCUUUUGCCUAACUCUGGUAACUCGACGUUUUUGCGUUCUAAACAGAAGCGGCGCACUUCCCCCGACUUUGGGGGUCUCGCUCCUGACAAUUAACCAAUGGUGUGCUGACGAAUCGGUUUGCAGUGUUUAUUCUUUCUAUUGGCGUCCAGUGAAAGCUUUUCUUUGCAAAUUUUUCGAAUUCUAUGUGGGACGACGUGGACCCGAAAGGGCAACGCGACCUGAUACGUGGCAGCGUUACCUACCGCUGAGGUCUUCUCCUGCUCUUGUAGUUUUUCUGCUGUUGCACCAUUUGUGUUGGCAAUAAACUACUUUUUCUGCA